GGCUUCUAGAAGGGUUCACAAACGCCCGACUCCAGUACGCGGCGUCCUUCCUGUCGUCAGUGGCGCCGUCUUCCGCGCGCGCACUCCGUUGCGGAAUCACCUCUUGCCGUCCCAUUUUGCGGAUGUUGAAGUGACGGACCAUCACUCUGAUCUGUUAUAUCCGGAUUUGAUUAUCCGGACAGGACACGAUGACAAUGCACGGAUCGUUCCUGGCGCUGCUCGCUUGCUUCUCCGUCUCUGCGGCAGCUCAACAUCCAUUCGGGGACUUGCCACGCUGGGAUUUCUGGCCGCCGCUUGCCGGGGGCGCUCGCUUCACGGGCAGAUAUCUGUCUUCGGAGCCGGGUGGUAUCCAUUUGAAGCGUCAAAGCUUUGAGCCUAUUGAUCUCUUCCAGCUGCAGGCAGACGCGCCCAGCACAAACGCACUUUUGUAUGGAAAUGUGCUACUUGAUCCGAUCUUUCCAGCUGAUAUAACGACGGACUCCGCCGUCCAGGCGGCAUUCCAGGCAGCUAUUAAGUCCAUUAAGGCGCACGCGAGUGUCCACGUGUCGCCUGAGAUUAAAUUGGUGCAGGCAACCAUGUUCCCGUUGAAGGUGACGGGUGACAAUGGCGAGUCGGAGAUGUCCAUCUUGCAGGACAGCACUGGAGCCGACGGGCGAAUGUACCGCUUCACUAGCCACGUGACGUUCGGCUUCAAUUUCUACUUGACGCUGGAGGACGCCAAGUUCAAUUUGAGGCACCGAGUGGUUGUGGCGCUGGAUCGGGAAGCAGAACACAAUGUUUUCCAGCACACAUUUGCACCAAUAGAGAAGGAUGCUGAUGGAGAGACAGAUGCUGAAUGCGGUGUCAGUGAAGACGAAUGCUCGGCUGGUCAUUCGGGUCCGCGUAUCUUGUCGUAUAAUGUCUGGAAUACGAACCCGUCGUCAGACGUGUAUGGUUCAGGUCGUCGGUGGGAUCAGUACUCGAAGCGACUGGACCAUCUCGUGAAGUUCGUGGAGGAAGCGCACGCCGACAUUAUUGGCUUUCAAGAAGUGCGCUAUGACGGUGUAUUCGGAGAUCCCGGCAACCACGCACAAGUAAAGCACUUAGCUGAUCGUCUUCCUGGAUACCAGUACGUAUAUCAAGCGGCUAUGAGCUAUAGUAACUCUAGAAUGCCCUAUGAGCGCAUCGAAGAGGGCCCGUCUAUUUGGUCCAAGUUUCCGAUCACUUCUACAGAUUACUUACUGCUGAGCCGCGAUCCGAAUGAUCCGAACGACUCACACCAGCGACUGUGCCUUCAUGCAGUGAUAGACUACCCUCACUGGGGCGAAAUCGAUGUGUACGUGACGCACCUGUCGCUAAGUGAACGAUCCAGAGAGCAGACAAAGAUCGAGAUCUGGGAGUACAUGCGCCAAGGUAAGGGCAAAACGCAGGUGCUUCUUGGAGAUCUGAACUCGGAGCCUCAAUCUCUCGGCAUUCGUUUCCUCAGUGGGAAAGCUGGACUUCUGGGUCAGACGACAGACAUGAAGGAUGCAUGGUUGGAAGUACACGAGGAAGCUGAACCUCGCUCUACAGACCUGGACGACCGUCAGCACAAGUUCACGUUCCCUAGCGACAACCCAUCAAAGCGUAUCGACUUCGUGCUGUACCGUGGUGAAGGACAGGUGAAGGAGUGCAAGAUCAUUGGCCAAGAGCCCACAGAAGACACUAAGGACUUCCCGGAUGAUGUCGGCAUGCUGCACGCGUCGAGCCCCAUAUAUGCGUCUGAUCAUCGAGGCGUCAUUGUUGAAUUCAAGUGAGCGCUACCGGCCCUGCUCAAACUAAAAAGGAGAACGAUCGUAUCCGCAAAAUAUCCUCGUUCGUGAAUUGUCAUCAAUAUCUUCAAAAUGGUGGUGAUCAUAAUGUUGAAUGGGAUAUUGCUGGACCAUCGUGCAUAUAUUUUGCAUGUUCCUCCAUACCCAGUUGUUGCAGGCUUAUGACCUUAGCCGCUGUUUACCACCCCUCUCUGCUUGCCUUCAACGACGCUUGCUUGAACAAUGCCGUCUGUUCAGCCAACAACUCGUCGCGUGAGGUGGUUUUCGCAGCUGCCUUCCGAGACGCUAUCCGCUCUUUCAUCUUCUGCAACAACAACGGCGUUAACCAAAUGGCAGAGCUGUUGUGACCUCUGAGCCUUAUUCACCUGCGACUCUAGCGCCAUCGAUCCUUGAAGCUCCUGGAUUUCUUGUGCAUAUCGCUGCAUCCCAAGGUUCUGCAUCAGAACACGCCUAGUCAAUAAAAAUGCAUUAGUUCGAUUAUCCAAGCCGUUCUCUG